AACAUCUUAUGAGUACAUCUUAGAAUAUAGUAGAGAUACAAAUACUGCCUCUCAAUCACGAUAUUUGAGGCUCUGCUAGUCUUUCAUAUCGUAGUCUUGGUCAUCAUAGAAUUACAAUAGCAACCAUCUUGUACACCUGAAGAUGGCAUCUGUCCGACACGCCCGCCGGGAGGAUAUCCCCACCAUCCUAAGCCUCAUCAAAGAGCUCGCAGACUACGAGCACGAGCUCGACAGCGUCCUCGCGACAGAAGAGACCCUCGGCGCCACUAUCGCCUUUGCGCCCUCGUCGCCCCAGACGACGACCUACACGCCAGGCAAACCCCAAACGGAGCCCACAUCACCGUCCAAGCCCGCGCGGUGCCUCCUCCUCUUCAACGAGGCCGGCGAGGGCGUCGGCAUGGCCCUCUACUUUUACAACUACAGCACCUGGCGCGCCAAGCCGGGCGUCUACCUCGAGGACCUCUACGUGCGUCUGUCGGAGCGCAAGAAGGGCUACGGCAGGCGAUUGCUCGUCGAGCUGGCCAAGGAAGUCGUCGCCAUGGAGGGCGGGCGGCUCGAGUGGUCCGUCUUGAAGUGGAAUGAGCCGAGUAUCAAGUUUUACGAGUCCAUUGGCGCAAAGGCCAUGAACGACUGGGUUGGCAUGCGCGUCGAUGGCGACGCCUUGCCGAAGCUGGCUGGCUUGCUUGAUUCGUGAGAGAGUCAGACUCUACCGAAAGAAAAGAUAUAGUUACAAUCAUAUAAUACAUCGUUAAAGUGUAAGAUCAGCAACGCAGCUGCUCCAGAGGACACCUUUCUGAGAUGCUCUGCCUCACUAUCUGUGGUAUUCAUUUACCUCUUGUUAGGAUGAUCCGGCCAUUGUGGUAUUCGGACUCUUGAUUCUGUCGUCGUUCUAGCCUCCCAGGGCGUCUUUGGAUUGAUGGAUAUGUUAGAGGCGGUGUGACGUCUAUCGUACCAAGGACUUUGUCCGCCUAUGUUGAUGUCAAAGAUGCUCGCCUCGAGUCACUCGAAUUGGUGUUUUUUGUGUCUCGCUGCCUAUGAUCUCUAGACUUGGAGAACUUGAAGUUUCCAAAGCUACCUGCCGUGCUGUCGACUUGACGUGGAGGUCUGGAUGGCUUGGAAUGCUUCAAGUCACGGGAUCUUGCUUCAAUGUCUCCAGGUGUUCUGGGCUUGUCGGGAUCAGGCGACUUAGACCGAGGCUCGCCAGUCGCACCGGCUCCACCACCAGAACUGACUUGCUCUGCACUUCUAGACUGAGCUUUCUCAUCCUCAGGCAUAGUGCUGCUCGUCGUUGUAGACUCGUGUCGCUCUGGCUUCGGUACGCGGCCUUGAGCAUCGACGCCUUCGAAGAAAUGAUGAUGCGUCGCAGUGACCACGGGCAGUUCUAGUUCCACACGACCCCACACAGGCCUUGCCGCUUUGCUUUCGGCCCCCUUCAUGUAUGAGGUUGCCUGCCACAUCUUGAGAUAUUCGCGCCGCACAGCACGCUUGGAGAAGGCGCUGCGUUUGACAUUCUCAAUUUGAAGUCGAUCCGUCUUCUCAUUGUGUUCAAGACGGAGGCGACGUGCUUGCGAAUAUGGCCCAAGGUCCUUCUCGCCGGUGAGCAAUUCGAGCUUUCGUUGAGUUGAUCGUUCAGUCUCACGAGCAGGGAUGUGGGCGGAAGAUUGCCACUCCCACGGUUCCCGCGAUUCCCGCGAUUCCCAUUCGUCUCCAUCGUUGUCAGAGAGUAUCGAAGACCGCUCGCUGGUCAUAGCAUCUUGAGGCGCUUCGACGGGGCCGCCGGCGAUAGGCCGUCGUUGCAACAUCCUGUACAUCUCAGGAGGCGCCUCUCCAGAUGCGAGCUGCUGUAAAGACUCCCAAUCUGCUUGCGAUACCGGAGGCAUGAUUUUGUCGGCCUGGGCCUUCCAGAACUUUCUUGUGAGUUUCGUCACUCUCCGUAAUGCGACUGGACGGCCCCAGCCGUCCUUCUCGGGUACAUCUUUCUCUGGAUCAAGAUCGCCGAUUGUGCCUCUAGGAAAGGCGGCGCCCGUGGUGUUGCGCUGGUGACUCUUUUGCGCCCUGAGGUAUCGAUCCAGCUUGGGGAGGUCCCAAUUUUCCUCCAUGGGACUGAGAUGUUGCCGAAGCCAGGGCGUGGGCUCGUCCCAGGUGUAUUCGCGGUUCCAAGGAUGGAUUUUGGCGCGCUUUUCCAUCAUCUUUUUGUGCUGUUCCUUUUUCUUUGCGAGCUCUUCUAGCUUGGCAGGGUCGGCCUUGGGGUCCGGCGCCUUUUGGACAAAUGAGGCCAUAAGCUCGCGGCGGGAUUUGCCAAGUCGGCCGAAGGCAUGCCACAUGACACGUCGUAGACGGGCUUGAUCGCCUUCAAGGGCAGCCUGGAGCACAGGAAGCUUGUGUUUUGCGUCGGCAAGGACCUUUUUUCGCCGGUCCUCUUCCCUUUCUCGAGCUUCUGCUGGGUUGAGGGAUUCGGGAAUGUUGAGCUCGCUUUCAGCCAUUCUGUCUCGCUCGUCUCGAAAAGCAGUCCGUAUGCGAUGGUCGAGGAACGGUCGUAUUGAGGGAGGAAAGUAGGUGGCAGAGCGCAGCAGGUGACGGUAGACAUGCAACGGCUGCGCUGGCCGUGGCAGAGGUAUUCGAGUCUGCAUUGUGGCAGUAUCGGUGAAGGUCCUCGUCGCAAAGGACGGACGGACGGGAAGGCGAAAGAGGGAGGAAAGGUCAAUCGGAGGGUGAGGAGGUUAGGGCGAGAUCGGUCUUUUCUUCAUCAUGGUUGUUGGCAGGUCGGGCAGAGACGCAUGUGCGAUGUCGAGCAGGAUGCAUGCAGAUGACAAUGCAGAGGAUGGGAGCAUCAAGCUAUCCGUACCUUACGAGAAACUGCCCUGACAGGACCUGCACCGUCCUCUUGCGCCGCUGCUGCCCGUUGGUUCGUUGGUUCGGCUGGGC